AUGCGCGUGCUCGUGGCAGUGAAGCGAGUCAUCGAUUACAAUGCCCGGGUCAGGGUAAAACCAGACAAGUCUGGCGUGGAUCUCAAGAAUGUAAAGAUGGGCAUGAACCCCUUCUGCGAGAUUGCGGUGGAAGAGGCGGUGAAGCUGAAGGAGGGCGGCUCCGCCAGCGAGGUCGUGGCGGUGACCAUCGGGCCCAAGGCGGCGGGGGACACGCUCCGUACCGCGCUGGCCAUGGGCGCUGACCGCGGCGUGCACGUGCUGGAGGACGGCGAGGUGCAGCCCCUGGCCGUUGCCAAGCUGCUGGCGGCGCUGACGAGGCGUGAGGAGGCCACGCUGUGCAUGCUGGGCAAGCAGGCCAUUGACGACGACUCCAACCAGACCGGCCAGGGCCUGGCGGGGCUGCUCGGCUGGCCGCAGGCGACCUUUGCCUCCAAGGUGGUUGUGGACAGGGAGGCAGGCAGGGCCAGCGUCACGCGGGAGGUGGACGGCGGCCUGGAGACGCUAUCGCUCAAGCUGCCAGCCGUGAUCACGGCCGACCUGCGCUUGAACGAGCCUCGGUACGCCACGCUGCCAAACAUAAUGAAGGCCAAGAAGAAAAAGGUCGACACGGUGACUGCACAGGAGCUGGGAGUAGACAUCACACCGCGGCUGAAGCUGGUGAAGGUGGAGGAGCCUGCCAAGCGCCAGGCAGGCGUCAUGCUGUCCUCCGUCAAGGAGCUGGUGGACCGGCUCAGGAACGAGGCCAAGGUCAUCUGA